CCUUCCGGAGACUGAGUGGAGGUCACGGGUUCGAGACCGGGCGGCGGCGGCAGUCAUGGCGCGGCGUUUUGCGUUGUUCGAUUUGGGCGGAGUGCUCUUCGGGCCCGGCCUGCAGCACUUUCUGGGCUCCUGCGAGCGGAGCUACGCCUUGCCCAGGAAUUUCUUGCAGGAUGUCCUGUUUGCAGGUGGUUCUGACAGCCCCCACAACAAGGUGAUGCGGGGGCAGAUCACCCUGUCCCAGCUCUUCUUGGAGGUGGAUGAGGGUUGCAGACAGCAGGCCUCCACUGCAGGCAUCACGUUACCAACCACCUUUUCCAUCGCCCAUGUGUUUGAGGAGAUGGCAGCCAAGGGCACCCUCAAUGCCCCACUGCUGCGGGCUGCCAGCAUGCUCCGGAGGAAUGGGUUUAAGACCUGCGUCUUCACCAACAACUGGGUGGAUGACAGUGCGGGGCGGCUCUUCACCUCCUCUCUGCUGACCAUGCUGCAGCGGCACUUCGAUCUGCUCAUUGAAUCAUGCCGUGUGGGGCUGCACAAGCCAGACCCCCGCAUCUACACCUACACCCUGGAGGUGCUGCAGGCACAGCCACAGGAGGUGAUCUUUUUGGAUGACAUUGGGGAGAACUUGAAGCCAGCCCGAGAGAUGGGAAUGGCCACCAUACUCGUCAGGGACACCGACACCGUCCUGAAGGAGCUGCAGGAGCUGUCAGGUGUGCAGCUUCUCCAGCAAGAAGAACCUUUGCCAACUGCCUGUGAUCCAACCACCAUGAGCCAUGGAUAUGUGCCCAUCCGGCCUGGUGUGCAGCUGCACUUUGUGGAGAUGGGGCAUGGCCCUGCUAUCUGCCUGUGCCACGGCUUCCCCGAGUCCUGGCUCUCCUGGCGCUACCAGAUUCCUGCCCUGGCUGAUGCUGGCUUCCGUGUCAUUGCUUUGGAGAUGAAGGGCUACGGCGAGUCCACAGCACCACCAGAGAUAGAAGAGUAUUCCCAGGAGCAGAUCUGUAAGGACCUGACCGUUUUCCUGGACAAACUGGGCAUCCCACAAGCUGUGUUCAUCGGCCACGACUGGGGUGGUGCAGUGGUCUGGAACAUGGCCCUCUUCUACCCCGAGAGAGUGAGGGCCGUGGCCUCACUGAACACCCCAUACCGACCAGCAGACCCCACAGUGGACAUCGUGGAGAAGAUGAAAAGCUUCCCUAUGUUUGAUUACCAGUUCUACUUCCAGGAGCCGGGCGUCGCAGAGGCUGAGCUGGAAAAAGACAUUGGCCGUACCCUGAAAGCCCUUAUCCGUUCCACCCGCCCGGAGGACCGCCUGCACUCGGUGCCCGGCCUGCUUGGUGUCCAGGAGCGAGGGGGGCUGCUGGUUGGCUUCCCAGAAGACAUUCCUGAGAGCCUCAUCUUGCACGGUGCUGAGCUGCAGUACUACAUCGAGCGCUUCCAGAGGUCUGGUUUCAGAGGUCCACUGAAUUGGUACCGGAACAUGAGACCCAACUGGCACUGGGCACUCUCAGCCAAGGACAGGAAGAUCCUUAUGCCAGCACUGAUGGUGACAGCGGGGAAGGAUGUGGUGUUGCUCCCUAGCAUGAGCAAGGGCAUGGAGGAGUGGAUCCCACAGCUGCGCCGGGGGCACCUGGAGGCGUGUGGCCAUUGGACACAGAUGGAGAGGCCCGCAGCCCUGAACAAAAUCCUGGUGGAGUGGUUGGAGGACCUCCCUCCAGAUGGGGCCAUGCUGAGGGUAUCUCGGCUGUGAGCAUCCCUGCAGCUCCAUCCCAGGGCUCCCCUCGCCCUGGGGUUAUGCUGGAAGGGGGGAUUUGGUAAGGAGGUCUGGAUGCACUGACGCUGCUGCUGCUUCAGGAAUUGCCUUCUGCCUUUGUAACACAGAGAAAUAAAGCACACGUGGGGUUCAGCCCCCCACUGCUUCUCCCGUGGGGUCUUCAGUACGUGGGUUGGUGCUGCAUCCCUGCAGUGCCAGGCUCAUCCCAUUGCUGUUUGCUGAGCUCCAGGCCCUUGCUGCGGCCUCACAAAGCUUGGAGCAGACAGCCAGGAUGGUGGAAGGGCUGGGCAAACAUGCCUGGUAUUUCCCCUCCUUUCCCCCACACCCUCCCCACCAACUCUUCCCCAGCCCUCAGAUAUUUUCAGCCUGGGAUUUGUGGUUUGUCUGACUGCAGGAAGGGUUGCAACACUGUCUGCUUUUGUCAUUUGUUUUUGUUGGAGGUGGGCAGGAGUGGGAGGACCCAGUUGCACCCCCAGCACCUCGCAGAGCCCCAACCUGUUGUAUGCAGGGCUGCAACGUGCGGUAUCCCCAGACCCUGCAGCACCCCUGGGAAUGGCUUUCACAGGGGGGAUCCCAAACCCCUUUCCCUCAUUACACGCCCUAUAAACCAUCUGCAGUGCCACAGCAGGAUGGUGCUCCAGCAGGACAUUGUUCUAGCAGCCCCUGGCCUCAAUCCCCACCCCAGGCCCCCCUCCUGCAGCCCCACUUGGCUUCUUCAGCCCCAUAGGUGCAGGUGUACCCUGUGCAUAUGCAUCUUCAGUUCCUUGGCUACACACACAUAUAACCCCAAGGGUGCGUGCAUCCUUGUUCACCUGGGUGCACACAUCCUUAGCCCCGUUGGGUGCAUGCAUCCUGGUUCCUUUGAGUGCAUGCAUCCUUGUUCCCGUGGGUGCAUGAAUCUUAGGAUUAUUAUUGAGAGGAAAAAUCGUUACCUGGCCCUAAAAUGAGUGGGGAGUCAGCAGUUUGGCUUUGGCAAAGCGUAAAUCAGUGUUGAUGUAUUUCUGGGCUGUUGGCAGUGUUUAGGUGCUGGCUGGCACCCACAGCAGCAGCAGUGGGUUAAUGAGUGUUUGCUGCAAAGUGCAAAGGUCUCUCUGGGCCCUACAUGUUUUGCUCAGCUCAGAUCUCAGCACCAAAGUGCUGCUUUGCAAACCGGAUCGUGGGGUGGCUCCCUCUGCUUUUAACGGGGUCUGUCCCCAACCCUUCAAGGCUGCAGGGCCAUACAGUGAGGACAUGGUGGGCUCUCCCCCCUGCAGGCCCCAUUGGCUAUGGGAAUGGAAGCAAUUAACAGAGCAAAGGGAAAAAAGCCCUUGGAGACUGAGAAGCAAAAGUAAAGGAUAAAA